AAUACUUCAAAUCCGCGCACGCUAAGUUCGAUCCUGAGGUAAAAGAGGGAACAAGAUAGACGCUCUUCUUCUCCUUAUCUCGUUCUCUUUCUCUUUUUCUCCGCUCGCAUAACUAAAUGAACAAACGAGUGCGAGAAGGUACGCAGCAAACGUGACAGGAGGAACAGAGGAAGGGAAAUCCACGUAUUCGUGGCACAGAACUCCGUCGUUGUAUAUCAGUACCGUCGAAGUGCGUUUCUGUCGGUCGCCACGCGUACACCUGAUGCAGGUGCGUCAUUAACGAACCGCGUCGCGGUACGACGAAACGUCGUCGUGGAAAUUCGUUUGAGUUUCGCUCAUUCGUUUCGCUUCAGAGUCGAUGAAAUAUAAAAACAACGCAGGUGUAAUCAGAACGGAACUGUGAUAGAUACACCAUCGUGAAUCGCGCAUUCGAAACCAGUAAGGUGAACCGAAACGGAAAUCGCCGCAUGUGGCUGUUCCGUCAGAGAAUGUUUCUCGUUACACCGGUCGACAAUAAUCGUUGGGCCUACGCAAUGUACGGACUGGAAAAACCGAUGGAUCAUGUGUCCGCCGGUGGUGUCAUGGCGGGCUCCGUUGCCACUUUGGCGAUCCUUUGGGUGUCCCUUCAGACGAUGGGACUUCUGGGACACUCUCACUCUAUCGGCACGCACCAGCUGCCCGAAUCACUGCAAAAUUACCUUGCCAGUUAUACCGAUGCGCUUUCAGGACUGCCAGUUGCUAAUUACGGCUCCGAAGCCAUCGUGGAUACAGGUCGUUUUCAAAACAAAAGAUUUCCAAGGAUCGGCGGAGCAACUCUGAACAACUCGAUCAUGUUCGCACAGACGCUGGUCGAUCGCAUGAGCACUCUCGAGAAUAAUAUUGCAAACGCCGGUAUUGAACUCGAGGCGCAGAGUCCAGCUCAGAAGCAAUUCUGGAACUCUUACCCUUCUGCGGAUGCUUUCGAAAGAAGCCUUGAUGCCAUUGUAGCCACGAAAGCAUCGUCCUAUCUUGUCCAUCAAAACUGUCGAAGAUUUGGUUUAGAUAAAAAUGACUGCGCCCGUUAUAUAUCGACGUUAGAGCUGCAAGGCACCUCGCUCGGUGAAUCUUGUGCCGCGGUGCAUAGCAUGGAAUGCGACAGAAGGUCGAAAUAUCGCAGCAUCGACGGCACGUGCAACAAUAUUGAGAAUCCGAGCUGGGGCAGCGCGAUGACCGCGUACACCAGAGUUCUCUUCUCUCAAUACUUCGACGGCAUCCAAGAACCGAGGCACGUCGGACAAACCAAACAACCACUGCCAAGCCCGAGAGUCGUAAGCGCCGCUCUGUCCACCGCGAACGAUCAAUCGGACGCUAGCAGGACACUGGCUGUGAUGGAAUGGAGCCAAUUUGUCGCUCAUGACAUUGCCUACACCCCAGUUCGCAAAAUGGUCUCAACUGGGCAACCAAUUUCUUGCUGCCAAUCGGAUGGAGACACCCUGUCCCCGCGUCAUGUUCAUCCGGAUUGUUUUCCUAUCAGCGUGCCAGAUCGCGAUCCCGUUUAUGGCCGACAUUACGUUCGUUGUAUGAAUUACGUUCGGUCCUUGCCCGUUCUGAGGUCGGAAUGCACCUUCGGGCCCGUAGAACAGAUGAACCAAGUGAGUCAUUUCUUGGACGGUUCCGCGAUUUAUGGAUCAUCUUUGAAAAAAUCACGCGAACUUCGCACGUUCGAGGGCGGUCGUCUUCACGUCGACUCGCGAAACAAUCGCGAAUACUUACCGAGAGCAAGUGCCGAAUCCGCAGAGCAGUGCGGAGAGAACUGCUACAAUUCCGGUGACAAUCGUGUGAACAUUGAACCUCAAUUGGCUGUGAUCUAUACGAUUUGGCACCGCGAGCACAAUCGCAUCGCCAACAAGCUUGCCAGGUUGAAUCCGGAUUGGUCAGACGAGAUCCUGUAUCAAGAAGCCAGACGUAUCGUAAUUGCUGAAAUUCAGCAUAUCACUUACAAAGAAUGGUUGCCGAUCCUAUUGGGCAGACGGUUCGUUCGAGCCAAUGGUCUUCUUGUAGGGAGCAGUUACAAUCGUAACUACAAUACUGAUGAUGAGCCAGCAGUCAGCAACGAAGUCGCCACUGCCGCGCUACGUUUUAUGCAUUCACUGAUGCAAUCUAAACUAAGCAUGCCGGACAAUUCUCGUCAACAGAACAAGACAAUGGAGCUAGCGGAACAUUUCUUCAAUCCACGCGUAAUCGAAUCUGACGACGUGUUCGACGGAUUGCUUCGUGGUCUCGCUACUCAAACCAGCCAGAAGAUGGACAUUAAUCUCAUUUCAGACAUGACAAGCAAACUGUACACCAGCAAUAGCAACGACUUGGGCCUCGACGCCAUUAGUUUGGACAUUGAACGCGGUCGCGAUCACGGUCUUCCCGGGUACAAUUACUACCGCAGAUAUUGCGGUCUUCCUAAUGCCAGAACUUUUGAUGAUUUCCUAGAUUACAUUCCUAAUGAGAUGGUACGUAAACUGCGUACAAUCUACUCUCAUCCUAAUGACGUGGAUCUCAUCGUGGGAGGUAUGGCGGAGAGACCGGCGGGAGACGGCAUGGUCGGUCCGACCUUCCGUUGUCUCAUUUACGAGCAGUUCUCCAGAUCCCGACGUAGCGACAGGUUCUUCUACGAUUCCGUCGUACAACCACAUCCCUUCACACCUGAGCAAUUAGCUCAACUUCGUAACGUCACCCUGGCACGUAUACUCUGCGACAACGGUAACAACGUUACAUACAUGCAGCGCAACGUGUUCAUCAAACCUCAAGCUGGGAACGAGCUGAGACGUUGCGCAGAUUUCGAAGCGAUACCCAGCGUGGACCUCUUUGCCUGGGCGGAAAGGGCGAAAGCGUACCGUUGAAAAUUUUAAUUAAUUGGCUGGUCACACUGCAAUUCUGUUCGCCCGUAGACGUAGUGCGGGCCUAGUGAAGAAAAGGGGGAAAAACGCAAAGGAAGCGCAACGCGCGCGGGGAAGAGCGAUUAUGUGAGACUUACGCAAUAGUCUCAUCAGAAUCGUCCGAGGUGUCGCGACGUAUCGCGUUCACCGUAGCCAUGACAGAGAUUGGGGGGACAGUUUCGAGGCAGAACAAAACGGAAAAAAUCACGUGACUAGUCGAUUAAAAACAAAAACAAAAUAGAAAUAUCCAGUAGCUGGAAUGAGGUUGGUGCGCGGGUGCAAACUGGAUCUGGAUGCGAUCGACGAUUCUCAGCUUUCUCACGAACUGAGAAGAACUGCCCAAGACUUUCAUCAUCACUUCGCGACCGGCUUCGCUCGUAGGACUGCAUUUUCGCGACAGUCUGAUAUUAUAUAGUCUGAUAUAAACAGCGUCCGUAGAUAGUCUCGUGUAUUAUGUGUGAAGUCUGUAUGCGUGGAAGUAAUGAACACCAAAAGCGUGUAUUAUAUCGAGGUGUUCACGCUUUUAUACGGUUGCGUUGAGUCAAUUGGUUUAAAUUACAAGUACUUAUAGCGACUGAUGAGUUUGUGAUGAUUUAGGAUAAAAAAUAUAGGAAAUAAGAUUUUUUAGAGAGCAAUUAUACCGCAAUAUUGUCUCUCAUCGCGUUAGAUUGUAAGUCGACAAAUAUAAAGAAUUAUAUUGUAGGACAAAAAGACAUAAAACGUUACAAGAUACAAAAAUAAAAUGCAUUUUUUUCA